AUGCAGAGAAGGGGAGGUACCCCGCGCCCAUCUGGCGCCUGUGGGGCGCCUUACUCGACUCCGAUUGAUUUUUAUUACAAGAAUUCACUCUUGUAUUUUUUGUUUCCGCACACCGAAAUAAAAGAAGGAGCGACGCACACAGACGAAGCGGUUAAUUCAAUUGUUAAUGAAAUAGAAAAGGAGGGUGGGCGCGACGAGUGGCUCGACGCAACAAUGGACGACGAUCAGCAGUUCUGUUUACGGUGGAACAAUCACCAAUCGACGUUGGUGUCUGUUUUCGACACACUUUUGGAGAAAGGAAUUCACGUGGACUGCACUUUGGCUGCGGAAGGACAAACGCUGAAGGCGCAUAAAGUAGUGCUGUCCGCUUGUAGUCCCUAUUUCGAGAAUGUUUUGUCGCAGCAAUUUGACAAGCAUCCAAUAAUAAUUUUGAAAGAUGUAAAGUACGCCGAGUUGAGAGCCAUGAUGGAUUAUAUGUAUCGAGGAGAGGUGAACAUAUCUCAGGACCAGUUGGCUGCCUUGCUUAAGGCUGCAGAGUCACUCCAGAUCAAGGGCCUGUCUGACAACAAGCCGUCUAGGCCUCCGUCGCGCCCUACCCAUGUCUCACACCCCCCUGCACACCCGCCAAGAGUGCCAUCACCACCCCCACAGGCGCGUGAUGGCAGCGUUGACAGCCGCGAAGGGUCGAUGAGUCCGAGCCGGCGACGCAAGAAAGUGCGAAGGCUAUCCAGCGAGCCGGCGCCCCCGAUGGCCGUGCCCUCGGCUCCCGACCAGGAGGACAUGCCGUGCAAGGAGGAGGUCUCGCGGGACGGGGUCGAAGACCUCACGCUGGACGAGGACGCCGGUGACCCGCCCGCCCAACACAACGACGUCGUGCGCAAUUUUCAAUGGCAUAUGGAACGAUCUCAAGAUGAAAUAAUGAAUUCAAAUGACAGUGUCCGAGAGUCGCAAGGUAAGAUAAUUUUAUGGUACUUGCGACCGGCGGCGUUCGUCGCUGCCCUUCGCAAUAUUAACGAUUCGCAUCGUCGCAGUGUCGGGUCCUCGUCGACGAUGCGGUUUAUGGUUUACGGUAAAGGUUUUGAUCGUUGUAGCCUCCGAGGCGAGGUAACGGCCGGAGAAUCGCUCUUUACCAUCCUGCGAUACGCUAAAACCCCCUUUCCAUUAACACGUGGACUUUUAAAACGAUGCCGCGGCGGGACCGCGCUCCCCGCGAAGGCCAACCGUUCGAGAAACCGUCGCCGCAAAUCGGGAAAAAUCCGUAAAAGGAGAGCCUCGAUGAAGAGGAGGGGCAGGAAGGCCGUCAAACUCGAGAGCGACGACGACGCGGAGGCGAGCGCUCGCAAGAACAAGUCCGCGAGAAAGAGACGCCGUCGGUCCAUGAAAGUGGAGUCGGAGGGCGGGGAGGGCUCGCAGCUGCGCCACGUCUGCUCGAUUUGCAAAAAGAAGAAGUACAAGUACCGGAGGAACAGGUUGCGGCACGAGAAGUACGAAUGUGUCAAAACGAAACAGUUCGGUUGCGACAUGUGCGGCAAGAAGUAUUCCCAGAAUAAGACCUUGCUCUGCCACAUCGCUGAAAAGCAUUCUUAA